AUGGACUGCACUUUUGUUGAAGAGUUUCUCAAGGAGAUUAAGUGCGAAAAGUACUUAGAGAAGUUUGUAUCAUGCAAACUGAUUAGUCCAGAAGAGAUCAAGUUCUUGGAUAAGGAGGUGUUGAUCGCACUAGGUGUGACCAAUCUUGGUGAUAGACUGAGAAUCCUACGUAAAUCCAAGUCAUUACACAGGCAAAAAUCUCAACAAGAGUGUACUGAGCAAUUGAAUGAUAUUAUUAGAAGGAUUAGUUCAUUAUCUGCCGGGGGUGUUGCAGUUAGCGAGGAGCUAGUCACUGAAAAGCAUAGUGUGAUCUUCAUAUUGAAUGAUGGAUCUGCGAAGAAAGUUAACGUUAACGGUUGUUUCAAUGCAGACUCCAUCAAAAAGAGGCUUUUGAAAAGGUUACCACCAUGGAUCGACGGCGAAGAGCUAAGAUCUGUGCAAGAUUACGAUGUAUUUGUUGUUGAUUACGUGAAGAAUGUUUUGCAUUUACUCUACGACGUGGAAUUGGUUACGAUAUGUCAUUCCAGUGAUCGUAUGGAAAAGAACCGUUUGAUAUUUGUAUCCAAGAAUCAAACCCCCAGUGAUAAAGCCAUAUUUACCUCUAAGAAACUGUAUCUCAAGACGUUGAGUGUGAUUAACCAAAUUAUUACCAUGCCACACGAUGGUGCAAAUGCAUUUGCUGGCAAUCAAUUACGUAUUGAGAAUGGCAAGGACAAGAUCCGUAAGAUCUUUAAUCAAAGACCACCCAGUGAACUCAUCUCGACUAAUUUGGCAGGUUAUUUCCCUCACGCCAAUAUGAAGCAUUUGGAAUCCACCUUAAAAGAAUCCUUCCGUCAAUCAGCAAGACUGUCUAAGAUUGAACACAAGAUUCAUAACAGUGAUAGCAACAAGAUCGGUGACAUUUUAUUGAAACAUUCAAAUGCAGUCGAUUCUGUACUUUUACAAAGUUUGGAAUACGAUGGUACUGCAUCUGAUUAUAACAGAGCCGUUGAGAGGAAAAGAGACCCCGUUCCAGGUGCCAAGAGAGAUAACCGCGUAGAUCUAAAAUCUCCAGGGUCAGAGGUAGAAUUGGAUGAUGACGAAGAAAACGAUUUGGUUUCUAUACCAACAAAGAUCAUGGCCCCCAAGACUUGGUUAAAAGGUGCGAGGAUUGGUUCCGGUUCAUUCGGUACAGUUUAUUUGGGUAUGAAUGCACGUACAGGUGAACUAAUGGCUGUUAAGCAGGUUGAAUUACAAUCAUCGACGGUAGCCGCGGGCGUGGUGAAUAUGGCAGAGGAUAGAAGUAAACCAGAAAAUUGGGAUCCUAAACAGGAACAAAAACUAAAGAAUGCAUCUCGUGUGCAUAGAAAAUUGAUAGAUGCAUUGCAACAUGAAAUGAGUCUUUUGAAAGAUCUCCACCAUGAAAAUAUUGUCAAGUAUUUUGGAUCUUCACAAGAAGGUGGUAAUUUGAACAUUUUCUUGGAAUACGUUCCUGGUGGAUCUGUAUCAUCCAUGUUGAACAGUUAUGGACCAUUCGAGGAAUCUCUAAUUACUAAUUUCACAAGACAGAUUCUUAUCGGUGUAGUCUAUUUGCAUAAGAAAAAUAUUAUUCACAGAGAUAUCAAAGGUGCCAAUAUCUUAAUUGACAUCAAGGGCUGUGUUAAGAUAACGGAUUUUGGUAUAUCAAAGAAGUUAUCGCCAUUGAACCAAAAUCAAAAUAAGAGAGCAUCUUUACAAGGAUCUGUGUAUUGGAUGGCGCCCGAAGUUGUUAAGCAAACUGCUACAACUGAAAAAGCAGACAUUUGGUCAACAGGCUGUGUGGUCAUAGAAAUGUUCACCGGUAAGCAUCCAUUCCCAGAUUUUUCACAGAUGCAAGCCAUCUUUAAGAUCGGCACAAGUACAACUCCAGAAAUUCCAUCAUGGGCUACAGAGGAAAGUAGGGAUUUCCUCAGUAAGACAUUCCAAUUGGACUACAAAAUGAGACCUAGCGCGAUUGAACUACUACAGCAUCCUUGGUUAGAAGCUCACAUUGUCUAA